CGUCUGUUUGUGUCAUUUGAUGUUUGUUGUAUACCGUCUUGCGAUUGAGUUUUUUUAUAAUUCUAAAGUAGAAUUUGCAUCUAGAACUGAAAAUCCAGUGCGGCUUAUUAAUCUAGCUUUGGCAGAGGGAAAAUCAGAAACUUUAAAUUGUCACGAUUUUAGGAAAACAUUUGUUAACCAUCAAACCUGAAGACUAGACCUGCCUAAUUAUGUCACAAAUGAAAAUAAUUCUGAACACCACCGAUGGAAAUACAAUAUCAGUUGAUGUCCGUCCUGAAGAAACAUAUCGGAUGCUGAGGGAGCGAAUUCAAGUGGAAUCAGGCAUAGAGCUUGAAUUAUCUCAAAUAGUAUAUAAUGGAAAGCAAGUUGAAGAAGAUCAAAAUGUAUAUGAUUCUUUCCUUGGUGCCCAGUCUCUUGACAAAUCAUCUGAGCCUAACAUAUUAUGCGUUGUGGAGGGUUGCCCGUCAACCAAACUGACUCAUCCCAAAAAGGAAAUUUUCAAAUUUCCUCUUGAAACUGAUAGAUUUUCCACUUGGCUCUUGGCCUGUAACAGACAUGAUUUACUGGGUCGCAUCCCAGUUUCACUCAAUCUGGAGUGUGGUGUUUGUGCUGAUCACUUUCCUGACUCAUGUUUUCUUAGCGGGUCCAUGAAAAAACGACUUAGAAAGAAUGCGGUCCCUAUCUUAGAGGAACAGCAGACCAACUUUAAUAUUCUGGCUCAGGAUAUGAUGAUGGCUGAUGUGAAACUAGAGGAUGCUGUUUCUCUUAAUGACAUUCAGGACAGUGAUCAUCUGUUACCAGACAGUUCUGAUUUAAAUGAUCAGAUUCUGAAGAAGCCAACAACAGAUGAUAAUCAAGAAGAAGUUGAUGAAGAAGAUCUGCAAGAGGAUGAACUAGAAGAGUUAGAGGAGGAUGAAGAUGAAGACGAAGAAGCAGAUGUGGAGGAUGAUGAUGAUAUUUUAGUGGACAGUAGCUCUUGCCACGAGCAUCCAGGCUUACUUUGUAGACUCUGUGCUCAACAAGUUGACACAGCUCACUUCAUUUUUAAUGAAAAGGGGAGAGAGGAGAAGCUAUUUGACAAAAUCAGUAAUAGCCUACCUAUUAAUAUUCAUUGCAAUGACCCAUUACCAAAGCAAAUAUGCGGCCAAUGUCUUUCAACUUUAAAUAUUUGCUACAAUUUUGGUGUGGCAUGCACUAAAGCAGAAGAAACACUGCAGAAGAUGGUUUCACGGUUCAAGUGCCAAACUGAAAAUAAACCGAAUGAUCCACUUAGCCCCAUUGAAGAAAUUUCAUCAAUGGAUGAAGGCAUCCUUGAAGAGAAAAAUGAAAAAUCAGCAUGUUACAACUGCCCUCUCUGUUGUGAGGGUAACAUGGAAUCACAAGACAAUGUAAACAUUGAUGAAAUUGAAGGGAGGCAAGGUGGAGAUGAGGACAUUGUUCAUGAUUUUUUGGCUGACAGUGUGCUCUGGGAAGAAGAAGAAGAUCCUCUGGAUUCUAAUUACCCUGAAGAUGAAGAGAGUGAAACUGCUGAUGAUGGUGCUGAUGAUGAUGAAACUUACCCCUGCUUACUGUGUGGCGCUAGUUUUAUUGCGUUACCUCACUUAUUCCAGCAUAGUGAGAGCCACCAAGAUAUAGACUGCUUUCCCUGUGGGCAUUGUGCUCUUGCCUUCAAUACUAAAGACGCUCUUGCUGUGCAUUUGGACCUAGUCAUCAACUCUGCUUGUGAUGAGCAAUACAAAUGUAGUGAGUGUGGAAAGCUCUUUUUGUCUGAGGCUCGAGCCGAAUUUCAUCAUGAGGUAACUCAUGGUAUCAAUGGAUUUUCAUCUCUUUCGUGUUCAGAAUGUGGUCAAGUAUUCAGACAUGAAACAAACCUUUGGGAUCAUGUGCAAAUUGUACAUAAAGGUCAAAAACCAUUCUCUUGUCCUAAAUGUGAUGAUGUGUUUCAAGCUAGAGCUCAGCUUAAAGCUCAUUUGAAAGUUCAUGAUAGUGUGAGCUCUUUCAUUUGUGGAGUAUGUUCUGAAGCUUUUCCAAGCAGAUCAUCUCUGAAGUCUCACGAAGCUUCUCAUGCAAAUGAGAAGCUUUUCUCCUGUGAACACUGUGAUCGAUGCUUUAGCCGGAAGUAUCUUUUAACAGCACAUGUAAGGACUCAUCUGGAUAAAAAACCUCGGGCUUAUACAUGCAGAGUUUGUGGUGAGGAUGGAUUUGAUUCCCUACCUAAACUCCUAGUUCAUCGGCGUAGUAAGCAUCAAGAUGUUAUGUUGCCGCUAGGAUCCAAGAAAGAUAAAAUUCAUAAAUGUGAACAAUGCAACAAGGCUUUUACUGGACGUGUAGCUCUGAAGCACCAUGCUAUGAGUCAUGCAGGGGAACUACCUCAUGUUUGUGAAUUUUGCAACAAAGGCUUUACUCAAAAACGAUCUCUACUUCUUCAUCGACGUAUUCAUACAGGUGAAAAGCCUUAUGCCUGUGGAGAAUGUGGAAAACGGUUUGUUCAAAGUGCUCAUCUCUAUUCUCAUCUUCGUCUUCAUACUGGAGAAAAGCCUUAUCCUUGUUCUGAGUGUGGUGCUACUUUCCGAUUGAAGGAUGUCAGGGACUCUCACCAAAGGAAGCAUACAGGUGAAAGACCUUUCAAGUGCAAAGUUUGUGACAAAUCAUUCAGAACCUCACAUUCUUACUAUCAGCAUACUUGGAUACACACUGGCCGCAAACCUUACCCAUGUAAUUAUUGUGGCAAAGCUUUCAGGCGUUCAAAUGGCUUAAAAGUACACAUUCGAAUUCAUACUGGAGAGAAACCUCAUAAAUGUGAAGUGUGUGGAAGAGGGUUUGCACAAAAACAGGAUAUGAAAAAACAUUACAAUCUCCAUAUGAUGGGUCGGUUGUAACUACUUCUAGGUAAUUAUUUCAAUGAGAGAUUUUCAUUUUCUGAUAUUGUGAUUUGUAACUAAUUUACUUCCUAGGGAAAAAAUCAGUAAUUUAUUGAAAAUGAUUUGUAAGUGAAAGAGCGCAUUAUUUGAUUGUGCUCUUUCAAGUGAUAGCUUAUCGCCAAUAUAGCUGUGUCUUUUUUUAAUCAAUGAAUGGAAUAAUAGAAAUUAAAUUCUGUUAUAAAUUAUGUAUUGCCUGUCACAUAUUUUAUGUGCUAGACUAAAGUCUUCUAUUACGUAUUUAUUGUGAUUGUCUGAAUUAUGUUCUCUAUUUGUUCAAUAUUGUAUUGAUUGUACUUGUAAAAUCCAUACUCACUCGUAAGGAUUAUCAUACAAGAUUCAGUUCCUGUCAUAAACAUAAAAUUGUACAAUGAAAUACAAAAUUGUAUAUGCUCUA